AUGGACGAUAAUUUGGCGGAUUAUCGGCGAUUUUGCGCCAAUCGUUUGAAACGUUUGGAACGCUGUAAAAAGACGAAAAGUUUUUGUAAUUUGGAUGAGGAAAUUCCUCAUCAAUUUGUCAACUCUGGUUCCGAUCUCAUGCUAAGAGGAUCGGAAAUUGUUCCAUCAUCUUACGGUGGUGGCAGCAUAGCAUUUUCCAGACGCUCUGAAAAUAUUGCGCUUUCUUCCGUCAAAUCAGAAACAGUCCCUUUCUGUUUAGGAACAAGCACAUUUUGUUCCGAAUCAAACACUCCGUCAGUGACAGACAACGCUCGUUUUAGAUCGACGGAAAUUUUUUCCAUGGAUGUUAUACCCUCCAUAACUGAAACAAAUCUGACACAACCUUCAUCAAUCGCUGAUUCACGACUCCAAAUCAACCGGAAAUGUGCACCGGUAACAUCAAACUUUACGGAAAGUGAUAGCGGAGGUAACAACAAUCCUUCCUUAUGUCCAUCCCUUAUUACUGCCCCCAAAACUGUUGCAUCAAAAACCUCAAUAUUAUCAACAAAGAAGCCAGAAUUAGAGAAGAGGACAGCUGUUAACAGUGAUAAUAAUUAUAUUGAUUCCAACCGAAGUACACAAAAGAAUUUCGAGCUUUUGCGCGAAAAAAUGAUCUCACUGAUGGAAAAUGACGUUCGUCUGCUACAACAAUUAUUAGCACUUGGAGAUUCCAUUCAGGAAUUGAAAUCCAGAAGCCAAGCAAAUCGUUGUAGUCGAUUAUCUUUGAAUUCAUUGGAGGAAGAAAAUGAUGACGAUGAGGAAUGGUGGUGUAAUGAUAGGAUGAAAACAACAUUUGAUAAUUCGAUAUCAGCAAUUACAAAUUUAUAUGUGGAUGAUGAACCGAAAGAGAAUCAAAACAAGCAAUACUUUUCUCGCAAAAAUUCUGUCCUUCGUAUACCAAUUCCGCCAAAAAGUUGCAAUCGAAUGUCAACAAAUGAAAAAUUGCAUCGUCGAUUAUCGCGAUUGUCGCAACAUUGCGAGCAGUUGCAUCAGCAGCAGAUUGAAAAUUUAUCGCAAACCGAAAAUGAUACGAUAUCAAGAAGAGAUUUAACUUAUCCCACAUCUUGUCAACCUAAACCAUUUCCAUCAACAAGAACAACCAUGAAGCAAACAUUUGGUACCACAGAUACCCGUAUAUCCAACGGUAGCAUUGAUAGCGGUAUUCGAGAUGAAAGCUGUAGCAGUUCCUCUGCUGGUAGUUUAAGUCCAUUUCUGAAAGAUGAGAAAUGCUAA